ACCGCUUGCUCUCUUUUAUACUGUACACAGUAUGCACCCCCAGUGUCUGCUCGAGCUUUCUCACACGUGCACUCCCCCUCGCUCGCCGGUGAAGACAGAGACGGCUGAUGGCGACAAAUGUUCUCUCUUUCCGCAAUCCACACUCUUACAUCAGACGGUCACACACAUCCUUCCGCCAAAUCACAACCUCGAACUCAACGGCCACCUCAUUACCUUGUGAUACAUUUUCAUCCUCCACUUCUUAUAAAGCCCAAACCUUUUUAUCUCCUCCUUUAAAACCUUGUUCGAUUCGCACUGUAACGGCUCGGUCCCACUCCAAUCUACCUCUCAUUUCUCCUAAUGAUCAUUGGGGUACCUGGACCGCUCUCUUCGCCACCGGCGCUUUCGGUUUAUGGUCGGAGAAGACCAAGAUCGGAAGUACAUUGAGUGGCGCUUUAGUGAGCAUUUUGGUAGGACUUGCAGCAAGUAAUUUGGGGAUUAUUGCGAAUGAAGCUCCAGCAUAUUCAGUAGUGUUGGAGUUUCUGCUCCCAAUGGCUGUACCAUUGUUAUUGUUUAGAGCAGACCUACGCCGCGUGAUAAAGUCAACCGGGACACUUCUCUUGGCUUUCUUGCUGGGCUCAGUUGCAACAACAAUUGGAACAGCAGUAGCAUAUGUGUUGGUGCCAAUGCAAUCACUUGGUCAGGAUAGUUGGAAAAUAGCAGCUGCACUCAUGGGCAGACACAUUGGUGGUGCUGUCAAUUACGUGGCCAUUUCUGAAGCCCUUGGUGUUUCUCCAUCAGUUUUAGCUGCUGGAUUAGCUGCGGAUAAUGUUAUUUGUGCUGCAUAUUUUACGACAUUGUUUGCAUUAGCUUCUAAAAUACCCCCUGAGACUUCCAAGUCGACCAAUGAUGCUGUAACAGAGAUGGAAUCUGAGUCUGGAAACAAACUGCCUGUGCUACAAAUGGCUACAGCGCUUGCUGUAUCAUUUGUCAUCUGUAAGACUGGCACUUAUAUCACAAAGUUUUUUGGAAUUCAAGGGGGCAGCCUCCCAGCCAUAACAGCGAUUGUUGUUAUUCUGGCCACGGCACUUCCAAAACAGUUUGGUUAUCUUGCACCAUCCGGUGAGGCUAUGGCUUUGUUACUCAUGCAGGUAUUUUUUACUGUGAUUGGUGCUAGUGGGAGUAUAUGGAAUGUCAUAAACACGGCACCGAGUAUUUUUAUGUUUUCUCUAGUCCAAAUAGCAGUUCAUCUUGCCGUGAUCCUUGGAUUAGGAAAAUUAUUUCGCUUUGAUUUAAGGUUGUUACUUUUGGCAUCAAAUGCUAACGUUGGAGGUCCUACGACUGCAUGCGGAAUGGCCACGGCAAAAGCUUGGAGUUCUUUGGUUGUUCCUGGCAUUCUAGCUGGCAUUUUUGGAAUUGCUAUUGCAACUUUUCUCGGCAUUGCAUUUGGGGUGACAGUUUUAAAAUUGAUGUAAACUUGACUACUUUUGGAUCGCCAAAACUGUAUAAUAUGCAGCGUUACAAUGUAAUUAUAUGAAGCAAGGGAAGUAGUUCGAAUUUCGGGAAACCCACCGUUGAAAA